AUGGGCCAUAUGGGCCUUCUGUGCCUCCGGUGGCGCCACCAGGCAUUCCAUACCCUCUCCAGCCUAGAGCGGAUUCUGGCGGAAUCGGAUGCCCCAGGGGAUGGUCACGACGUAGAGAAGAGGUUCGUUGAGGAGGCUGCCCUGGACGAGGUCUCGGCAGGGUCGCUGAAGAAGUGUCUCGCCCUGGUUGUGUAUAGGUCGAUUCGAGGCUCCAUGUCCCGGCGUGUAAUGGGUGGGUCUCUCCCUGAAGUCCGUCCGCUCCUCGUUCUGUGCCCGGAUAUGGGCCUUGCGGGCCUCCGGUGGCGCCACCAGGCAUUCCAUACCCCCCCCAGCCUCGAGCGGAGCCUUGCGGAGCCGACUGCCUCAUGGGACGCUGACGAUCUAGGGAAGAGAAUGGAUGAGAAGGCGGCCUUGCAGGAUGUCUCGGCACAGUUCCUGAGGGAGCUUCGGUUUGUGUUCCUUGUUCUCUUUGCCUCGGAGCGGCACCUGAAGAGACGCUAG